ACAGCAUACCCUAUCAAAUUCUGGUUCAACCAAACCUGCAUAUUCAAUAAUACCAGUAGAUUAUAUUGAAUAUAUUCUUAAUAAUCCAACAAUUGCAUCUAAUUUAUACUUUGGCUCUGAAAUUAAACUUUGUGCAAAUAAUGUUACUUAUCAAGCAAGCAAUUUUUUACAUUAUCACCAAGACAAAGCAAUUAAGUUUGCACUUAUUCGUAGUGUUGUUGAAGUUAAUAAGAGGCAAUUAAUCAGAGCUGAUUCGCUUGUUCCAUAUAGUGGGUUUCCUAGACACUUGCGUAGUAUGAAUAGAAAAGCAUGUGGAAUGAAUAUGGAAGAACUUUGGCUUGUUGAAGGACAAGAGUGUUUGAUUAUACCUGAAAAUAUUACUCAAAUUAAUGUUUGGUUAAAGGAUCUUGAUAGGCCAGUAGAAUAUGAAUAUUUUGUAACUGAAAUAUUAUAUAGUUUUAAUAGUUGUCAAUAUGGACUUAGUGCAAAGCCAGUUCUUGAUACUCUUUAUUGGGACAGACAUUUACAAUCACCGCAAGAUGCUUAUUAUGUACUUGCUGGUAAAGCUACACGUCUUCUAGAUAUAACUCUUAGAUAUUUAAAUACUAAUGGAGAAGCUGAAAUAAUUGAACAUUUAAAAAAUAUAUAUAAGCUUACUCGUAAUGAUCAUGCUAUUAUUAAACCAAUAGAACUUUGGGUAGUUGAAGCAAAACUACUUAAGUUGGCUUUCUCAACAACAAUGACAAAUGACACUUAUAAGGAGCUUCGCAGUUUGUUUGAAAAAGAACAAAUUGGUUUUUUGAAGAUUUUUCUAGACAUAUUUAAAAACUUACCUAAUGUUUAUGUAAAUGUCCAUUUGCCACAACAUGCUCGUACAUUUGCAACUUUUGUGAACACAUCUGUUAGAGUCAAAGAAAUGGUACACAGAAUAUACAAAAAUAUGGUACCACAUACUAAUUACAAAAAUAUUGAACUAGAUCUCCUUCGGCGAUAUAAUACCUCAUUUGUAUUAACUCACUUAUUUGAUGGUAGCAAAGAUUACCAUUUUCCAAUUACUAUAAAUAAAUUAUCAAAUAUUUUUUCAGACAUUUCAUUAUAUUCAAGUCUUUGCAAACAAUAUACUACAGAUCAAAACUUAAAAAUUAAUGACAAUGAUGAUAUUGAAGAAAUUGAAAUUAUCUUAAAUUUGAUACCAAAAAAUUUUAUAGAUAUAGUAUUACGAAAUAAAUGGCCAAAAACAAGAGCAAACAUUGAAGAAUGGUCGACAAAGCUAAGCAGUCAGCAUCCUCUUUUUCAUGAUUUACAUAUAUCAUAUUCAGAAUAUUUUAGUUUACAAAGUGCUUUUCUUAAUAAUAAAUUAGAAUUUUUUGAUUAUAUUUCAUAUACUAUCAUUGAAAAUGAUAGAAAAUCAACUCGACUUAAAUUUCAUGUUGGUGAAAUAAUUGAAAUUGAAGAAGAAAGUGAAGGCCUUACAUAUGCAAAAAUACAAGCGAUUUUACAAUAUCAAGCAAAUAAUAAUGAAUCUGCAAUUUUUUUUAUCUUAAAAUGGCUUCAAGCAACCAAUACAAAAGACUUGAUUUUAGACUGCCCAUAUUACAAACAAAUAAUGAAUAAUCAACAAUUUCUUCGAAUUUAUCCAAUCUCAUAUAUUCACUGUAUUCAAAAAAUUCAUUUUUUACCUGCAUGUAUGCAAAAUCACGAUCAAGAGCAUGCUACCAAUAAUGAUCAAAAAUCUAUUAAAAAUAAGUUUUUUAUAAGACUAUAUAAAAACUGUAGUGCUUGCUUAUUUUUAUAA